GGGGAAGACGUGGCUGACUUGCAUACCUCGAUAUAAUCUCUAUAUCAGUUAUCGCUGAUGGCAUAGACAGUAGCAUCAAUCAAAGGCUUUAUGCUUCAAAUUUCAACUCAAAAGACUGGAUUGUUAACGGGGGCCGUUCCUCGUCUCUCCCCGGGUAACGAUGAGGACUUUUUACAAAGGAUGGUGGAUUUCAGCAGCCAUUCUUUUGCUGGCAAUGAGCUUAUCAUAUUCACAGGGGUUUUUGAAUGAAAAUCAGAUCAAAACUGCAGUUUUCCUAUCGCCAAAGUUUGUGCUGGGACCUGGAUCUGUUGAGAAUAGAUAUCACUACAAUAUUGACUUUCCCAGGGGUCAUAUCGCUCUCAAGAGUUUCAAUGCAGAAGUAAUUGACGAGGCAGGGAAUCCUGUUCCCCUUCAUGAAACUUAUCUCCACCAUUGGGUUGUUGCAAGAUACUAUGGACGUGUAGGAUACAAUGACAGCAGGGAGCCUAGUGAAUCAGAUUACUUUAUUGUGAGAAAUGAUGGCAUAUGCCAGAAAGGCGUUCUUGGGCAGUAUUUUGGCCUUGGAUCUGAAACAAGAGGAACAGCAACACACAUCCCAGACCCUUAUGGAAUAGAAAUUGGUAAUCCUGCGGAUAUUCCUGAGGGCUAUGAGGAGAGAUGGCUGCUUAAUGUCCAUGCAAUUGAUACACGAGGUGUGGAAGAUAAAUUGGGUUGCACUGAAUGCAGGUGUGAUCUUUAUAAUAUUACUGUGGAUGAAUAUGGCCGACCUUUGAGGCCAGAUUAUGCUGGAGGCUUGCGAUGUUGUUAUGAUCAGGCUCAAUGCAGAGUGAGACCAGGCUUUGAAGGUGCCACAAGGAGCCUCUACCUGAGAUAUACCGUGAAGUGGGUUGAAUGGGAUAGUUCCUUGGUGCCUGUUAAAAUCUAUAUAUUUGAUAUCACUGAUAAGUGGAAAAGGUUUAAUGAUUCAACUGGACUCAGCACUGAGCAUGAUUGCCGGGUUGAAUAUGACAUUGAGCCUUGUAGUGCCACCGAUGUGGCUGAUCAUGAGUGCAUUAACACUAAAAGAAUAAGCCUCACCAUGCCGACUGGUGGUUAUGUCAUUUAUGGUGUUGCCCACCAGCACUCAGGGGGAAUAGGAUCUGCUCUAUCCCGAGAGGAUGGAAAGGCUAUAUGCUCUUCAAUUCCAGCUUACGGAGAUGGGAUCGAAGCCGGAAAUGAGGCUGGUUACAUUGUAGGAAUGUCCACCUGUUAUCCUCAACCUGGAUCUGUCAAGAUAGCAGAUGGGGAGACAUUGAUUUUAGAAUCCAACUACAGCAGCACCCGAGGACACACAGGAGUCAUGGGGCUAUUCUAUAUUUUGGUUGCUGACCAAGUGCCAGAGCCUGAGCAUCUCCUACAUUGAAACUCCUUCUUGCAAGACUUUGGCUGCUUCAAGCCCAACAUUUGUGUCUCUCGAUGUAAGUAUAACCGUUAAUCCUUGCCCUGCAAGUUGUCUGACGAUCUCGAAUCCAAUUCCUCUGUUGGCAUCUGUCACCACAGCUACAGUUUCCGAGGACCACCACCUAUAAUGAAUAAACCCAUUAAAAAAUAAACAAGUUUGAAGAAAUCCACAUCAAAAUUAGAAGGAAACAGAAUAUAAAACAAAGAGAAUAAAAAUGGGACCUCUGGUGAUCGGAGUAGGGAAUGGUACGGAGGAGGGAGACCUCUUGACGUCUCUUUUCUCUUCUCUCUUUGGCCUUUGCUUUUCUGUCAUUUCUUUCUGGUUUGGACUAUUCAGAAAGAAAGGGGAAAAACAAUGAGAUAGGUGAUCUCGCCCACGUUCUCUUUUGUGUUUUUUAACUGAAUGAAGCAGAUUGUUAUUGUGGUGCAAUGAGCAGGCACUGCCACGAUGUAGGUCAAAUGCUUGUAACCUCUAAUUUAGGUCAAGAUUUUCCAAUUUUCCGGCCA